CCACAGAAUUUUUAUAAUAAAACAGCAUGAAAAUGCAAAAAAUAUCAGAAAAUCAUAACAACGUACAACAUUUCAAGGAAGAUGAUCAAGUGAACCUAGAAAGAAAGAAACACCUAUAUGUUGCUGGAAGAAUAAGCGAAAUAGCUCUUAAGUCAAUUUUAAAAACUGCUAGGAAUUGUUUCAUACCGACAGUCAAUGCCGCUGCAAAAGAUGAUACUCCUAAAAAACCUCCACCGAUGAAAUACAAAGAUCUACCCAUUUACGAAUGCCCUCAUAAUCGUUGGAAGGAGUUUAAAAAUGACAAAAUCAGAUGCCCAGACCGAAAAGUCACACACGAAUGCCUCUUACCAACAGUAUCAGAAUACCGCAAGCAAGUAUCAGGAAUUAUCAAUACUGCUUCUAAAGAAAUGAAGGAUACUUAUACAGAAAUUUGUAGAGAUUAUAGAUCGGCUGAGAAGAAAAUUUUGAACAAAAUGAGAUCUCCGGAAAAUGUGAAUCAGAGAAUGGCUUUAGUGGGCGCUGCUGGUGUAGCUGGUUUCGUAAAAGGAAAACAUAUACUUCGGCGUGUAUUUUUAUCUAGUGCUCUCUUGUUUGUGAGUGGAUCCAUUUGCUUUCCGAAAGAGACUGAUGAGGCAACUAGGACAGUUCUGUAUAUGCUUGGGAAGGCGUUUGUGCCAUUGUACAAUUUCUAUUUUAAAACUGAUUGGUUGAUGAGGGAACGAGUACCAUGUGAAAGGGAUCUGCCUAAAAUACCUACUCCUCCUACGAAACCUUUGCCUGCGUGUGCACCGAAAAAGUGA